AUGUCGCAAUCAAUUGAUUUUCGCAUAAACGAUUUUAUUACUGAAUACCUUGAUUAUAAAGGUUUUAAUGAUACAGUUGGAAUAUUCCUAAAAGAACGUAAGACUCGUCAAGAACCAAUACAACAAUUAACAAAUGGAAACCAUAUACAAGAUACUGACCAAGAAAAAUGCCAAGUUAUCAAAGAUGAAAUGUUAAAAUAUUUUGAUGAUGGAAAUCGAGAAGAAUUUUUUCGUCUUUGGAUCAAACAUAUACCAUCAAAUAUAAUCGAAAGUGAUCCAUCAUUGAAAUCACUUGAGUUUUUACUUUACGCUCAUUUUGCUAUUUAUUAUAUACGUCCAAAUAAUCGAACUAAAAAUGAACAAGCUGGAAAAGACAAUAUGCAAGAAUUUAAAACCUAUAUGGAAUCAAUUAAAGGACAAGCUAUAUCACAAACGAGUGAUAUAUUACCUUUAUUUGCAUUGCCAUUUGUUACAGCACCCGACAAGCAUGCAUCGUUUCAAGAGUUAUUUUCAAAUGAAUGGCCAGUACAAUUACGUAAAAAGGUUUUAAAUUUUUUUGAUUGGAUUUUUUCUAAUCGACCACUACCGCGUCUUGUUGAAUUAUUACAAAAUGGUGAACGUGCAUCACAUGUAUUAACACAAAUAAAUAAUGAACACGAAGAGCUUAAAAAUCGAAAUAGAGAAACUAAUAAACAAAUAAAAAGUUUAAGUACUGAUUACUGUAAUUUAAUUAGUAUCACUAUGGAAUUAGUGGAAACCUUACAGCAAGCGAUCGUAGGGAAGACGAUUACUAAUGAAUAUAUUGACAAUGUUUGUUCACGACUUGGUCUAGAAAGAUUACGUGAAUCAAUGUCUCAUGCAAUGGAAUCAGCUCGUCUUGGGAUCGAUGAUCCAUUUGCGGAAAAGUUGGAUUAUGAUAAAAUCAAACGUGAUGUUGUUCACGUUUCAACAAGUCCACGCCAAAAAUCACUUUUACUUCAAGCGUUACGCUGGAAAUUAACAAAAGCUACAACCGAUUUUAAACGUGAAAAAAUGCUUGAAUGUUACAUUAAUUGCGAUUUACUUGGUUGUCGUACUGAUGUUGAACAAAGAACAAAAAUCGUUAAAGAAUUAUUGUCUCCGUCGUCAACUAGCGAUACGCGUUGUGUGAAAGAAGAAUGGGCACGUUUCAUUAAUACAAUUGCUUCAUUAAGAAAAGGUCGAAAUUACUUGGCACCAAAUGAAUCAUUGAUUGUUGGUAUGCAGAAAGCAACUAUUGCAGAACAAUCCGAUACACAUACGAAACAGCAUCUUUUAGCAGCAUUGCAAAAGCUGAGUCUUAGACGAUCUGUUCAAACUAUAAUGAUCAAUGAAAAUAUGAUUAAAUGGCUUCUACCAUUGUUAAGUAAAUCAAAUUCUCUGUCUGAUUAUACUUUAGAAUAUGGUGUAGCUUUGCUAAUGAAUUUAUGUUUACGCACUGAAGGUCGUAAGAAAUGUGCUGAAGUUGCUGAGCAAGCUAUAGCUGUACUUGCAUCUCUACUAUCUCAUCCAAAUCACGAAACUAGACCCUAUGUUAAUUCAUCGUUAUAUUCAAUUUUAACACUGAAAUCUGUACGUGACAAAGCCAUUCAACAAAAUCUUGAAAGUCGUCUUCGAACUUUAAUUCGAACAGACACAGCUAACUCCGAAACAAAAGGUCAAUUGGAAUUUUUACUUAAUCUAUUAUGUAAAAGUGGUGAUCAAAUCAUUGAACAAUCAUCUGACAAUGAACAAGAUAAUGAUGAUGAAGAUCAAGAUGUAAUGGAAGCUGAUUUAGAUCUUGCCGAUCAAUUAAAAACAAUGGAUCAAGAACUAAAUGGAGAAGAUUUAAUGCUUGCAAAAUAUACCUCACAAAAACCAACAGCGACAGCAAAUAUUCAUAAAUCUUAUAAUAAUACAUUAUAUGCAUCGUCAAUAAAUGAUAUUAAACCUAAAUCCAUCAUUGAUCCUGUUCUUCAUCGGCCAACAACACCUGGCCAAUUUCGCCAAUCUAUUGUUGCACAUACAGUUGAUUCACUUGCUAAUAGUCUUGCUGUUGGCGAUAUCUUUCAUAGUCAAACUAAUGGAUUUGAACAAUUAAAUGGUAAUAGUAGUAUAUUUGCAGCAUCAGCGUCAAUGUCAAUAAAAAAACCUUUGUCAGCAAGUAUCGCUUCGACCAUAACAAAUAAUAAUAAUAAUAAUAAAACAAAAUUUUCUAAAACUUCAUCAUCAAUAACACGACCAAAACAAGCGAGUCGUGCAUCAUCCGUUGAUCAACAAAAACAAGUGACACCAGUUCUUGCAUUUGCUGCGAAUGAUGAGCUUGAUCAUUCCAUACCGACAAUAACAACACCAAAAAUAACACCACCAAUGAAAUUUUCUUUUAGUGAACCACCAAGAUCGAAUUCAAGUGCAUCUAUACGUUCAUCAACAUCGUCCAUACUUGAAUUAAGUAAUGGAACUCUGAAUAAUCAAAAGACCAAAAAACUUUAA